GAGUUUGUAUCCCCUGGAACGGAGCCUUAGAUAUAUUCUCUAAAUAAGGUUAUGUACCUUGUUUAGCGUUUUAUGGUAGCAAAUAACGGUCUAUGGUCCGCGACAGUAUUUCCAUUAAUUAAAACCAAUACUCUCCUUCCUACCUGCCUGUGUCGGAGAUUAUUCUACGAAAUGGCCGAAAUUCCCUUGAGUUUGGGUGAGAAGACGUUUAUCCUCCAUGGAAUAGAUACCGGUUUCAGAAAUGACGGACGACAAAAGUACGAGUAUCGCUCGCUGGAAAUUGAAACCAGAUUGAUGCCGCAGACGAACGGAUCAGCGCGACUGAGAAUAGGCAACACGGACGUGUUGGUCGGCGUGAAAGUGGAGAUCGACACACCACACGCCAACAAACCUGAAGAAGGCAAAUUAGACUUUUUCGUGGACUGUUCUGCUAAUGCCACGCCAGCGUUUGAAGGCAAAGGAGGGGAAGACCUGGCAACCGAAAUAAGCAAUCUUCUCUCCUUGGCUUAUCGAACACCCUAUGCCUUUGACCUAAAAGAGCUGUGUAUACUGCCUCACAAGAAGUGUUGGAAAAUGUACGUGGACAUUUUGAUUCUACAAUGUGGUGGGAACCUAUUUGAUGCGGUAGGUGCUGCAGUAAAGGCUGCAUUGUACAAUACUGAGAUCCCGAGAGUGGUCACGGCAAUGCUCGAUGGCAACGAACCAGAUGUUAAACUGUCGGACGAUCUUUAUGACUGUAUCAAACUAAACGUGACGAAUUACCCUGUGGUGAUAACAGUGUGCAAGAUUGGCGACAACUGCGUAGUGGAUCCAACGCCAGAAGAAGAAUCAUGCAGUGUCGCUAGUCUCAUCAUGUCCGUGAUGCCAAACGGCAAGAUAACGUCUGUAGUAAAGAUAGGAUAUGCCAGUCUGCAGCCUGUCACCUUGAUUAAGAUGCUGGAGGUAGGGAAGAGUGUUGCUCUCAGGCUGAACCAAGCUCUCCUGAAAGGAUUGCAGGAAGAGGACAAGCUCGGUCGGUCGCGGCCGAUAUGCGGGUUUCUUAGAUAAUACGUUCGUCCGCGCAUGCUCGUCGCGGGGGCACUAAAAGUACAAACAUAUUUUCUCAGGCUCAAACUUUAAUCGUCGCGUCGAAAUUUCCCGUCUUUUAUCGUUAGACUACGAAUGUUCCUGUAUGUAUUGAUAUUUAAGCAGAGGAAGAUAUUUGAGAAUUCUGAUAGCGCAUAAUUAGUAAAUGAGUACAAAUUGUUAAUAAGAUCUUUCAUUGUAUAUUGAGCGCGAUAAUUUAGAUUUAUAACGGAAAGACAAGCGUGGGCAUUUUGUCUCGUUCGUUCCCUGCAGUUUUAUUCGCGGAACAUGCGUGGUUUACUAAUAUUACGAUGUAACAGUUGUUGGAUGUCUUUUGGCGACGAGGUUGAGAAAUUUUACGGAACUACAGCAGCGCGAUUCUACCUUUAUUUUUCCCCGAUGCAUUAUAGCUGCAUCGAAUUUUGUUCGAAUUGCGUAGCGUGCAGUGUUGCAGUGUGUUUAGUGUUUAGUGACGAUUAAAAAAAAUCAGCUGGAUAAAAGUGAAUUUAAAUAGAUUAAAAUUUUAACAGAUCUUAUAAAAUCGACUGUAUAAAAGUGAUGCAAUCUCAAAUAUGCAACAUCAAUCUCAGUGCCGUCUGAAACAAGCAAUACUAGUGCGAAAGUCUCUACAUGAGACAUGAAAACAAAUAUUUCAAUAUUGUACACAUUUACAACGAUGUAAACUAGAUUGUCUGUGAACGUAAACUUGGAAAGUCUUGUAAAUAUAACACUUUUUACAUUAA